GCUGAAGAAUGUUUUUAAAUUUGCUAUAAAAUUGAAAUGUGAGAGGAAAGGAGCAGAAGUAUAAAAUGGAAGCAGUGGAUGUGGUGAGGCUGUGGUUCUGUAGCAGACAGAGAUGCAGGCAGAGACUGAUCAGCUUGCAUGKCUUGCACUGCUUCUGUGGGAUGGGCUUGCACUGCGGGGCAGGAGCCUUUUCUAUAUCAAAACCCAAAAAUUUACUYGUGAACCAAUCUCAUUCUGGGGCUAUGGGAAGGCCUGUAGCUGCUCACAGGAUCCAGGCUAUGGAUCUAUGUUGUUAAUGGUUAGACUGGAUCUUAGASAUCUUUUUCAACAUAAACUUUUCUGUGUAUUACAUCUGUGUGUUCAUCCCUGGAAGUGUUAAAUCCCAGGCUGGAUGGGGCUUUGAGUAACAUGGUCUAGUGGAAGGUGUCCCUGCCCACAGCAAGGGGGUUGUUGGGGACAGAUGAUCUUUCAGCUCCCUUCCUACUCAAACCAUUUUUUAUCUCCAUCUUCCCCAAACCCCAAAUCCACGCUGUUUCUCCAGCACCCUCUGCCAGCAUUUCCCACUCAGGAGUGCUAAGAUUUAGAGAUGCAAUAUUUUUCACUAAGUGCUCAGUUUCUCUCCUCCUGGCAGRGAUGGGGAAGGACAAAGCAGGCAAGAGCCCAGAGCAUGCACUCAUUAGCUUCUGUCUGCCAACAAGUUGGGAGCAUGCAAUGUUAUACGAAAUGUCUGGCUGUUAUAAAAGGCUUUGGUUAAGUAAUCACAUUUCUCUUGCAUAAGUGCUUGUUUUUGGGAGGCUGUAGCCAAUUGGAGGCUGCAGCAGCACACAGACAGAAAGCAUGUGUAACUGCUGCAAUUUUUUAUUUUUCUUUUAAUAUUAAGUGAUUAUUAAUCUGCUGAGAGCUGUAUGAAAUCUCUUCAAGGUUAGGCGGCGGAGGCUCCCCAGCGCUGCUUGUAGCUGAACCACAAGCUUGCCAAAAAGCUUGUAAGGAUCCCUARUAAGAUGGAUGCUCCACAUAAGUUGAAGAUUUUGGUGAUGUUUCUGUCUCUGGCUACGUUCACGGGCAUGGUGAUAAUGAAUGCUGGAAAUGCCACUGGGACUUUCAAAGGUCUGUUCAGGACAACCCCUGGAAACAUCUCAGCYAAAUACAGCACUGAUUUCACACCAGCUGGAUGGACUUUCCUCAUCUGGAAUGUCAUCUACGCCUGGCAGCUCGCCUGGCUUCUCUAUGCCUUGUCGGGGAUCUGUCGAAGGAAUGAACUUGGAUAUGUCUUCAUGAAGCCAGACUUGCUGCCAACACCUUUUUACGUGGCAUGGUGUCUGAAUAAUGGCCUCAAUGUUGGAUGGCUCUUUCUGUGGGACCGAGAGUUCCUCCUUCCUGCCCUGGUGUUCCUGGCAGUCCUGACUUUGACCACGUGUGCUUCCCUCUUUGUUUCCCACCGAGCCUUGAGCAUCCAUUCCUCCUGGUUUGCCAAGGGUCACAAAGCUGAGCUCUGGCUCAUCCGCAUUCUGGUCCAGAACGGGCUGGCUCUCUAUGUGACCUGGACCAGCAUCGCCACGCUGCUCAACUUCGCYGUUGUGCUGAUCUACAAGUGGAAUGUGCCCAAUGAGAAAGCCACCACUGCCUCCCUGAGCAUCCUGGCCCUCAGCCUGCUGAUAUGGUUUUAUCUAGAAAACUACUACCUUGACAAGUAUGUCCGCUAUAACCUCACAGUCUACCCGGUGGUCAUAGCAGCUCUGACUGGCAGCGCGUACAGGAACAGCUCCUUUUCAUCCCUGCUGACCAACAACAUUUUUAUAGUUGUUCUGCUGGUACUGACCUGCUUGAUCUUUGCUGUUCGCCUGGGACUGGUCACAUGGAGACAUUGGAAGAGACCACUGGAAGCAUCAGAAACACGAGGCCCCUCAGGCACAGUGGCCUGAAACCUCUGGCAUGUUGUGGCAGAUACUUGAAAGGGAGRAAAAGGAAUUGGGCAUCUGCUGGUCCUUCCUUCCUGUAUCAAUCACCUCGUGCUCCUCUCUCUCACUYUCCAUUCCAAAAGCAGAUGUCUGCAAACCUGUCUUGCUCCCACGUCCUCUUGGAUCAGCUACUCCCAACUCUGCCUUGAAUUCCUUUGGUUUUGCUCUGGAAAAGUUCAGGAAAAGGUCCUGAGCAGCUCUGUGCACCCUUGUGAUGCCUGGGCUGUGGCUCUCUGCUCCUGUCAGUGCUGCCCACAGGCACUCAGCAGCCUUGCACACACAGCUGUUCUUGCUCUUUCCUUGUAGUUCACUUUUCUUGAAAAACAAAUUCAAGUGAGCUGUUCCUGGGAUUCCAGGGACACUAUGUCCCUGUGAUUCCCUUGGCCAUUAGUGCUGAGCACUGUCAAACCCUGGUGCUGUCAGCAGAUCUCCUGCUCCUUUUCCUGCUUCUCUUCAGUGUGACAGGAACAGAUCCUACAGCUUGAUCUCUACUUUUGCAGUGUCAGCUCUGGUGUUUGAUAUUCAAGGAGGGAGGAGGAGUGACUGAAGAUUUCUGACACAAAUGUGUUGCCUUUCCCUCAGCUCUUGGGCUGGCUGGGUGUCUCUUGCUGGGGAUGCUUUGUGGCUACUCUGGAAAGAGGUUAGAUGUACAGAUGAUCUGGGGUGAAGCCUGAUGUUUCAAAGGAAGCCUGUUAAAAAAAAAGAAAAAAAGAAAAAUUGAACCGGUAGAGCGAGCUUUUCCUGGAUCGGUGCUUUCUCAUGUGGCUUCACCGCUUCUGAAUUGGGAUUAGGAAGCUAAAACUGGAUUGACUCAAUUGUUGGAGCACUCUGUGCCUGAUGGAGAGCCGGUGGUGCCUCACAGGUGUCUGGAAAUCCUUUCUAUAGGGCAGGUGCUUUCAGGGGUUGAGCAUCUURCAGUGCUAUUAACAAAGCAAAAUUCUAAAACAAUGUGCUAUUGUUUACAUUUAGCAAAAAUCAAAAGCAGUGUAAUGUAACCAUUCUGGUGUGGUUUUUUUAAUUCGUAAAUAAAUCAGCUAAUUCUACCACUGUGCCACUAGCUCUGUAAAUCAUCUAAAGCCACUGUCCUGGCUCCCACCUCACUCUUGCUCAGAGUUCCAGAGUGACUCUGGUCUCUUGCUGGGAUCUCAUGGGUGUAACUGCUUCCACUGAUCAUCAGCCUUGGAGGUGAAGACUCAGAGGAUGCAGAUUUCUAGGUAUGAUUUAAACUCUGUCCAGCACGCUGUUCAUUAAGUUUCUAUUUUAUAAGCUCUGCCUCCCAAGAGCCCAGCUAAUAAAUUCCCAUCAGCCUCUCCAUAAGCUGCCUUCUUUAAUACAAUGACAUUAAAUCCACUGGCRUGGGGAUUAAAAGGUCCAGGCAAGGUGAGAAGCUGCUGUGGGRCUGUGCAGCAGUUAAAGCAUGGGAAGGUUUUGCAUCCUCCCCAGCAAGAGCACUGAAAACAGUUUUUGGAGUGGGGCAGCAACACUGUUUUCCCACAGGACUUUAAAAAACGCCUUCAGGACGUUAAAAAAUGCUUCUUGGUGUCCAUGCCUCACAUGUAUGCUG